UCCGACACAACCUGAAUGCGGCGUGCUUGUUUGUCCCUCGCCGCCCGCCGUAGCUCUGCCUGCUGGCUAAAAAGGCGGAAGUUCCAGCAGGCUAACUUCCCUGAGUCCAAUAAUUCAUUCCUGUUUCUGGGAGAAAGGCUGAAAGGGAAACAGCGUCACCUGCCAGACAUGUCUACUGCCUACAAGAACAGGAUCCAAGAGUUCAAAUCGGCUUUGGGAGAGGAAAGCAUCAACCUGACGACGCUGAGGGAGCUGAGCUUCAGCGGAAUCCCUCAUGAGGAAGGACUGCGCUCGCUGUGCUGGAAGAUUCUGCUGAACUACCUGCCUCUGGACCAGACAUUAUGGGAUUCCUUCCUAAAGAAGCAGAGAGAGGUUUACUCCCAGUUCCUCAGAGAGAUGAUCAUCCAGCCCGGUAUCGCCAAGGCCAACCUGGGCCUGUCCAGAGCCGACGUCACGCUGGAGGACCAUCCGCUGAACCCGAACCCGGACAGCCGCUGGAACACGUACUUCAAGGAUAACGAGAUUCUGCUGCAGAUCGACAAGGAUGUGAGGCGGCUGUACCCGGACAUGGCGUUCUUCCAGCGGCCCACCGACUAUCCGUGCCAGCUGAUCCUGGACCCGCAGAACGACUACGAGACGCUGCGGCGCCGCGUGGAGCAAACCACGCUGAAGGCCCAAACCGUGAACCGGAACCGGAGCGGAGUCACCAACGUCAGCUCUCCAGGGAAGUCUCUGAACCUGUACCCGUCCAAUGAGUACGAGGUUCUGCCCAGCGGCAGCGAGGCGCACUGGGAGGUGGUGGAGCGGAUCCUCUUCAUCUACGCCAAGCUGAACCCGGGCAUCGCUUACGUCCAGGGGAUGAACGAGAUCGUCGGGCCGAUCUACUACACCUUCGCCACCGACCCCAGCAGCUCCUGGAAAGAACACGCCGAGGCCGACACUUUCUUCUGCUUCACCAACCUGAUGUCAGAGAACCGCGACAACUUCAUCAAGAGUCUGGACGACUCUCAGUGCGGCAUCACCUGCAGGAUGGAGAGCGUCUACGCCAUGCUGCGCGACAAGGACCACGAGCUCUUCCUCAAACUGGAGGAGCAGAACAUCAAGCCUCAGUACUUCACCUUCCGCUGGCUCACCCUGCUGCUGUCCCAGGAGUUCCUGCUGCCGGACGUCAUCCGGAUCUGGGACUCCCUGUUCUCCGACCGGGACCGCUUCCACUUCCUGCUGCUGGUCUGCUGCGCCAUGCUCAUACUGAUCCGGGACAGCUUGCUGUCCGGAGACUUCACCAGCAACAUGAGGCUGCUGCAGGAUUAUCCGAUCUCAGACGUCCACCUCAUCCUGACCAAGGCCAAAGAGCUGCAGGAGAACUGCUAACCUGAACGAAGGUAGGAGGUCAGACUGAGAGCCGGGUCAAAGGUCAAACCUGCUUCAUCAUCCGUCAUGGCGACAAAACUCUUCCUUACGAACUGAUCGGAAAAUAUUAUUUUAUUGAUCAUCUGGAGGAGAAGCCAAACGAUUCAACACUACAGAGCCGGUUGCCAUGACGACUGCUGGAGGAGAGUCCAGUGGAAGUCGCAGAUCUUCUGAGACGUUGCUUCAUUUUUUACUGUCAGAAACUUUUGGGCCUUCAUGGAGCAGGAAGUGACCAGAUCCACUUCCUGUCGGUGUUUAACUUCUCUACAGGAGAAGAACCGGUUCUGUUUCUGCUUCUCCGGGACAGAUUCAGUAGAACCGGUUCUUCAGCUCAACAGAACCUCCUGGAUUUCUGUUCAGAGACUUUCUGAAGGUCCAGAACCAGCAGCAGAACAAGGACUUCACUCUGAGACCAGAGAGACCGCCAUGCUGCUCGUUUUCCACCUUUAGCCCAUGGUUCUGGUCCGGUUCUGGUUCUGGUUCCGGGUGCAGACUAAUAUCUGGUGAAGCACAGUUCUGUCUGGUCUGAAUUUUCUUUCUAGUUUUCCUGCUGCUGCUCAGAGAACAGAUUUCAGUUCAAACCCAAGUAAACAGGAAACUUCUGGUCAGUAUUGUGCAAAAGUCUUAAACCUCCCACUUCCUGUGAUCCAGACGUUCCUGAAAUCUUUACUGGUUUGAAUCAACGGUUCUCCACACAGUCCAGAUUUUACACCUUAAACAUGUCAGACCUAAAAGAAUCGAUUCUCCAGUGAAGUUUGGAGACUGAUGGGUGUAAAUAUGCUGCAAAUGCCAAAAACCUGCAUACAAACCAAAAUAGCUGCAGUCACAGGAAACAGUAGGCUGUUUCCACUAGAUUCUCAACUCUCUUCACUGCUGAGUCUGGAAUUCCUCCCAUUGAUUUGGAUUCCUCCAGAAAAAUUUCAGGCCAAUCAGCAAACAGAAGAAGUUCUGAACAAUAAUGUUGAUUUUCUAAUCUGCUUUAGAGUCUCUCUGUCGUUUCAGUGACUGCAGCAGAGGAAGUGAAGGAAGCCGGUCAGUUGAUGGUCAGACUUCCAAAUAUUGAAUUAUUAACAGCCUCGUUCAGAUCAGCUCUUCUCUCCUCAGUGAAGUGCUGCUGUUUACAGAGCACUGAUGCAUUACAUACAUCACAGCCAAACAUUAGUGAUUGUGAACUUUUUAAAAUGUCAACAGAGGAAACAGGAAGUGAUCUGUCCAGAUCCUCUGGAGGAAACGAAGCAUAGAAUCAAAGAGCAGGUAAAAUUUCAUAAGGAAAUGAAUCAGAAUGGAAAAUAGUGAAAACAAAAGCAAAUAUAAAACGUUGCAAACUCUCUUCAUAAAACUGAAGUCCUCCAGACCACCAGGGGGAGCCGAGGAGAAGAAAGCUGGAGGAAGAAAGAGGGUGUUUCACUUCACGAUGUUUUUCAGAGUGUUUUACAUUAUAUAAGCACAGCAUAUUAAUAUGUUUAUAUUACCAACUCCAGACUCCCCCUGCUGGUGAGGAGGACUUCAGUUUGCAGCUUUUGCUCUUUUCGUUUUUUACAAUUUGCAGCAUUUUCCCUUUUGCUUCCAUUUUCUGUGGGAGGAAGAUGUUUGUUGAUUUAUCUUUUUGUCUUUGCAGGCUGUUGCAUUUUAUUUUUUUGUUUUUGAGCCUGCAUCAUUUAUUAGCUUGUAGCGCAUUAGCAUCAUGAGGUCACAUCUAGAAUCUCCUUCAGUCCAGAUCAAGACUUUAUUUUGGAAUAAACUCUCUGAUGUUGGUUUCACCUGAACAAAUCAUUAUGGUGCUAACUACCGUUAGCCAUGCUAGCUGCUAACAAGCAGUUUGUGUGCAUUUAAACAGUAAAGAAACAUUUUGAUCAUGUUUGCUCAUUGGGUAGACGCCACGCUGCCAUCAUGCUUUAAGUUUGUGAUUCUUCUGGAUGAUUUGAGUCCGAGUUACAAAAGUUCUCUGGAAAUGAGUGAAAAAGCAUAAAAACUGGAGAACUUGUUGAUCCAAACCACUUUGAACGACUUAUAGGAACAAUCUGGAAGUUAUGAGAAAAUUAGGGUUUGGUUUUAGAUUGGGCAUUAAAAUAAAACCUUGUGCUCUCACGUUGAUCAUCUCAUUAAAAACUGAGGGUUUAUAAACGUUUCUUUAACAUCCAGGAUAUCAAGCUGAUUUUUUUUUUCUCCCUCCUAAACAAAACCAAAGCAACAAAACUUUUUUUUCUUGCCAAAUGUGUUUUUAUUUUCCAAAACCUGAAGUCACUGUUUACCAUUUAGAAACCACCACAGUAAAGGUUUUACCGCUUUAAUGACACUAAAUGCAUCGUCAGACAUUUAUCUACUGACGGAUCGUCUUUAAGCUCUUCACAUUCGAUGCAUCAUAACGGUGCAUUACAGGAACAUUUCUGAGCCCAACUGUUCAAAAUUCUGGGUAUUUUCCUGUUUCUGCUGCAGUUUCUCUGAAACAUCUGCAGGAUCCUGUGGAUUUAAGUGCAAUCUAAAACUGGGCCACUAGAUGGCUCCACUGGGGCAGAACGAUUCUGAACCUCAUCUGGUUUGGUUUUAUGAUGCUCCGAUACCAUAAAGAACAAUGACAUCCGGACCGAACCGGAUCAGGAUGAAAACUGAUCAAUCAUGUUGAGAAAAUCUCAGUUAACGUCGGUUUCUAUUGAAUGAACAUCUGAGGUCAUUAGAGCCUUUGGAACAAAACAAAUGAAGUUUCCUGACCUGGAAACCAGAAUCGGUUCUGGUUCUGAGGUCCAGCUUUGAUCCAAACGCCAGAGACUCAGAAUCUGAUCGUUUUCAGGAUCUGCUGCUGGUUUUUGGGAGGAAUUUGAAGCUCUUGACAUUUUUCCCUCCUGAUGAUCAAAAGUUUCUGUAAGGUCGUUAAGUUAAAGUCGGGGUUAGAAAGCUGCACAUUCAGACCAGAACAGAGUGAAGGCGUGUCGAAUGUUUUUACUUGGGGGGAUCGUCACUAACAACCUCCCCAUCAGUUUAAUGUGUAUUUAUUUCUCCUGAUGCUUUUCUGUUGGAUUGUUGAAUAAAACUUGUUUUUUUGUUUUUUGCAUGAUUUUA